CCUUAAAAAGAAAAGAAAAAUGAAAUAUAAGAGAUUGAGAGAGAAUAUUAGGAGGAGGGAGUCAGCUAUGCUUUCCUAUUUAUCCUGCUCACUCUCCCACGCUCCCUCCCCUCUCCUCGCUCCUCUCUGCGCCCUCCACCCCCGCCUACACCACCCCAAGCUCCGCCGCACACGCCAUUUCUGCGCCUUGCUUCCCCUCAAAUCCCCGCCCUACCUCUCUGGAUUCCCCCUCGCAUGCGCCCGGGGCGCGCGCGCAUCCAUGCACUCUCCUUCGGUGGACUCGCCGCCGUCGGUGGAUUCGGUCGCCGACGAUCUCAAGAACCAGAGGUUGGGGGAGAAUAAUAGGGUUAGGGUGCAGCUUCAGGAUCUGAAUUGGGACCACUCGUUCGUCCGAGAACUGCCCGGCGAUCCCCGGUCCGAUACAAUCCCCCGACAGGUAUUGCAUGCUUGUUAUACGAAAAUAUCACCGUCUGCUGAGGUUGAAAACCCGCAGCUUGUUGCAUGGUCAGAAUCAGUUGCUGAGUUGCUUGAUUUGGAUCCUAAGGAAUUUGGAAGACCAGAUUUCCCGCUUGUAUUUUCUGGGGCAUCCCCUAUAGUAGGAGGGUUGCCGUAUGCUCAAUGCUAUGGAGGGCAUCAAUUUGGCAUGUGGGCUGGGCAGUUGGGUGAUGGUCGGGCAAUAACUCUUGGAGAGGUCCUAAAUUCCAAAUCUGAAAGGUGGGAGCUGCAACUUAAAGGUGCCGGGAAGACUCCAUACAGCCGGUUUGCAGAUGGCCUUGCAGUUCUGCGCAGCAGCAUCCGGGAAUUUCUUUGCAGUGAGGCAAUGCACAGCCUAGGAAUUCCGACUACGCGUGCGCUUUGUCUUGUGACGACAGGGAAAUAUGUCACUCGGGACAUGUUUUAUGAUGGCAAUCCAAAGGAAGAACCUGGGGCAAUUGUUUGCAGAGUUGCUCAAUCUUUUCUGCGUUUUGGUUCGUACCAAAUACAUGCAUCAAGAGGGAAAGAGGAUCUUGACAUCAUUCGUGUUUUAGCAGACUACACCAUCAGGCACCAUUUUCCUCAUAUUGAGAACAUGAGUAAAAGUGAAGGUUUAUCUUUCAGCACAGGCGAAGAAGACCAACCUGUUGUGGAUUUAACUUCUAACAAGUAUGCAGCUUGGGUGGUUGAGGUUGCUGAGCGUACUGCAUCCUUGGUUGCAAGUUGGCAAGGGGUUGGUUUCACUCACGGUGUUCUGAACACUGACAACAUGAGCGUGUUGGGACUCACAAUUGAUUAUGGUCCAUUUGGAUUUUUGGAUGCUUUUGAUCCAAGUUACACACCUAAUACCACGGAUCUUCCAGGGAGAAGGUAUUGUUUUGCUAAUCAGCCUGAUAUUUGCUUAUGGAAUAUUGCUCAGUUCACAGCAACUCUGUCUGCUGCCCAGUUGAUUAAUGAUAAAGAGGCCAACUAUGCCAUGGAAAGAUACGGAACCAAAUUUAUGGAUGAGUAUCAAGCUAUAAUGACCAAAAAACUUGGCCUUCCAAAGUACAAUAAACAGCUGAUCAGUAAACUUCUCAACAAUAUGGCCAUUGAUAAAGUGGAUUAUACCAAUUUUUUUCGGUUGCUUUCCAAUAUCAAAGCUAAUCCUAGCAUUCCGGACAAUGAGUUGUUAAUUCCACUGAAGGCUGUUCUGCUAGACAUAGGCAAGGAACGCAAGGAGGCAUGGGUCAGCUGGGUGCAAUCUUACAUACUGGAGUUGGCUGCUGGUGGUGUUUCAGAUGAGGAGAGGAAGACCUCAAUGGAUUCCAUGAACCCCAAAUACGUUCUUAGGAAUUACCUUUGCCAAAGUGCCAUAGAUGCAGCUGAACAAGGAGAUUUUGCAGAGGUUCGUAGGGUGCUAAAAGUCAUGGAGCGGCCAUACGAUGAGCAACCCGGGAUGGAGAAGUAUGCUCGCUUGCCCCCCGCUUGGGCUUAUCGGCCCGGUGUCUGCAUGCUUUCUUGUUCCUCAUGAGUUGCAUGCUUGGUCGCUAUACUCUACAAAUGUCAAAAAAAGAAAAAUAAAAAGAUAAUUUUUACCCGUUGUAUAUAAUAGAUUGAAUUUAGUUUUUGGCUCCCAUCCUAUAGUGCAGAAGCUGCAACCCUUUGUUUCCUUGUUGCAGUCAAUGCAUUUUAGUUUAUAGAGCAAGAUACGAGCAUUCUUUAUCAUAAUUUUGAAUGUAUGUUUAUUAAUGCUGA